CGAUACCACACACGGUGGACACCGACACAGCAUAUACCUGUUCAGGAAACUAGGUAGCUCAUAGUUACCGUGUUCUGGUAGGUAAUAUGUGGCGUGGUUGAGUUGCUGCAAUAUGUCGCUCCAAAGCCGUUAUUUUGCGAGUCCGAACCCAACUGAGAAAUGAGGGUUACCUCGACUGAAUGAACGCAACAUUGACUACGUUGUCGCUUCCUUGCUCCGAACAAUGGCGAGCCGAGCAUCACUGCCAGUCAUCGACAUUGCACCCUACCUUGAUCCUUGUUCGACACCUGCUCAACGAGCAGCUACGGCUACCGCCGUCGACAGCGCCUGUCGAGAUUUUGGGUUCUUUUACCUCAUCGGACAUGGAGUUCCUGAGGAGCUGCGGCAGGAAAUGCUCCGCCUAGGCCAUGAGUUCUUUUCAUUACCACAGGCUGAGAAAGAUGAGAUUUCCAUCUUCAACAGCAUGGACCGCGUACGCGGAUACGCUCGACUGGGUGAAAAUGUUACCUCGGGGAAGAGAGAUGUCCUCGAAGGAUAUGAUAUUUACCGAGAGUAUCCGAACCCAUCCAAAGACAUGCUGCGCGGUGCUCAAAUUUGGCCUUCAAAGCCGGCUACAUUGAGAUCAACAGUCCUAGAAUACGUGGAAAGGUUGAUACCUGUUGGACAGGCCUUAAUGCGAGCUAUGGGCGAUGGUCUAGGAAUACCGAAUGGCGCAGAAGCUUUCGAGGAGAUCGUGAGGGAUCCCUUCUGGGGACUGAAAUUCAACGGGUACCCAUCUUUGUCGACUCCCGACAUUGCUGAGCAAGAGAAAGGGAUCUCUUGUGGAGAGCACACGGAUUAUGGGGGUUUGACAUUCCUCCUUGCUGAUGAUCAUAUCAAGUCGGCCUUGGAGGUCGAAGACAAGAGCGGCGACUGGAUCAAAGCUGACCCGAUUCCUGGUGCUUAUGUUGUCAAUAUUGGUGACAUGGUCAAUGUUUUAACAAGUAACCGGUAUACUGCCACAGUCCAUCGAGUCAUCCACCGAGGCAGUGUACCGCGAGUCUCAAUUCCUUUCUUUUUCGAGCCCUCAUUUGCGACCAUGGUCAAACCAUUGCAAGGCUGUGCUGAGGGAAAUGUCCUUCCCAAGGCCUCGGUCAAUUACUACGAGCAUAUGUGCCAUAUGCUGUAUGAUGGACGAUUUGUAGAGUCUGGGAAGGAAGUAGAGAAAGUACUUGUCAACGUGAUAUCACUGAAGGGUUGAGGUAGUUGUUUGACCUGUUCGAUAACCGCCAAGUCGGAAGCUCUUCAAUGCAGGAAUGUCAAGGCCGGGCCAUGUUUCGGCUGCUUGUGUUUUCCAGAAGGCAGGAAGCGUAAUUGCAAGGCUAGUGAGGCCGAGUGUAUAGGGUCCACUGCAGGAUUCGUGCUGUAAUAACAAUGAAUAAAGCGUGCUAAGUUAG